AUGAGACUCAAAUUCCGGCCGCGCGAUCGGCAUGCGGCUGGGAGGUCUAGGAUAUGCAGGGGCUUAGUUGCUUGUGCUGAGGUUGCUUAUUUUUCGAGGCAGGGAGGGAGGGAGGAUAGGUUGCUAUUCACUGUGGUGUUGUGUUGCUGUUGUGGAUUUGUGUAUCAAUUUGGAGUACAUUCGGCUGGGGACAUUCUGGCAUUCUAUGGGUCUGGCCCGAAAUGUAAUCAAGGGCCAAAUAUUUGCAUUAAUUUCGGGACAAAGGUACACGGGGCCCUUGUAUGUACCAUACCAUACAGGCUACAGCGUAAUCGAAAGGCAUAUUCCAGAAGGAAAGCAACACCAGCUGAAAAAAGGAAGAAAUUAAAAAUAAGAGCGAGACCAUCAAGGCACGGCACAGUCUAUUCUAGAUCAUCGGCUCCCCGAGCAAGGGACGGUGAAAACUCUGCUGGUGAGAGUGCAAGUGUAGGCACAGUCAGGGAAAUAGUCCUAUCACCGCCAUGUCGUGUAGCAUACAUUGAAGUAAGUAUCUGCCAGUACGAUAGGACACUAUCACCGCAAUCCAUCUAUGCAUUCGAACCGUUGACGCCGAGCGGAGCUCUCUCAGCGGCACCCGGACUUGCUCCCGCGCCCGGCAGAGUUUAUCCAAUGGUGGUUAACGCAAUGCAAGUAGUCGCUCAGGAUGCUCUUGAAUAUUGUGACUCCUCCCGUCCCGACAGGCUGACGCCACCACGGGCCACAGAAAUCGCUACUUUCCCGGUCGCUGAUUGCGUGGGAGUCUUGACACCGGGGAAGGCCGAAUUCUUAUUGGGAGACAGCCUGGGGACUGGCCCUACGGAUUUGAAUUGA